AUGGGCGUAUUCAUUUCUUACGCCAGGGGCCCCGGGGGCCCCUUCCGCCGCUUCGGCGACGACUACGGCCGCCACCGCGGGGGUGACUUCCGCCGCAGAGACCGCGAGUGGUGGCCCCCCGCGGGCCGCCGCAGCCGCAGCCGCGACCGCCCCCGCCGCGACGCCCGCUCCCCCUCCCCCGGCCGCCGGGAGCGGGGGGGCCCCGGGGGUGCCCCCGGGGGCCCCGGCGGCGCCGCGGCUGCGGGGGCCUCCGGCGAGGGCGCCGCCGCGGGCAGCGGCGCCACCCGGCUGGGGCCCCGCGAGGAGCUGCUGCGCCGACAGCGGGAGGAAGAGCUGCGCCGCAAGGAGGUGGAGGAGGCGCGGCGCGACGAUCUCACGGUGCUGGUGCUGAACUUGUCGCUAAAAGCCGAUGAAAGGCACAUUUACGAAUUCUUUUCCGCAAAUGCCGGCAAAAUCCGCGAUAUUCAACAAAUCCGAGACCAGCGCUCGGGCGUUUCCAAGGGGGUCGCCUACGUCGAGUUCUACACCCAGGAAGCCGUCAUCAAAGCCAUGGCGCUCAACGGCAUUUCCUUCAAAGGACAGCCCCUCAGAGUCCAGGCCUCAAUGGCCGAAAAGAACAGAGCCGCCAGAGCCGCCAAGUGCCCAGUCACGCCCGCGCCCGACGCGGCCUCGCUGCAGAUUCCCAUGCGGGUGUACGUCGGCGGGCUGGUGGGGAACCUCGCGAGUUUGACCAAAGACGAUCUGCACGCGCUCUUUUCUCCCUUCGGCGCUAUUCAAGAAAUCCUCAUUCCCACGGACCUGAACACGGGGGAAGGCGUCGGCUUCGCCUUCAUCAUGUUCUCCGCCACCGGCGACGCCCACGAUGCCAUGCAGCAAAUGCACAAGUUCAAACUCGACGGACAGGAACUCAGGGUAGGAUACGCAGCAGACGGCGUGCGGCUUUCAGGCUCUCUCCCGGAGGGCUCGCCCACCACGCCUCCAGGAGGGAUUGCAGUGCCCCAGGGAAUGCCGGGGAUGCUGGGGGGCCCAGGGAUCCCCCCUCAUGUUGUUGCAGCAACACAAGUUUCGUACGAAGCCCAGCUAGCGAAGCAGCUAGCUGAAAAGGCGGCCAGCCUCAUGCGGCAGCAGCAGCCACAGGCAGCGCAGGACGGCGCGAAUCAGGCGCAGGACGGCGACGAUGAAGGAGGCCUCGAUGAUGAUGACAUCGGAUACAUUCACGACCCGUCCCGCAAACAAGCACUUAUGCAAAAACUGAUGGACAGAUCCACUGCGGCGCUCGCCUCCACCGGUGGCGCGCGCACCUCUGCCUCCACCGCCAGCGACUCCCAGCAGCAGUCGCAGCAGCAGCAGCAUGUGCAGGCCUCUCCGUCUACAGACAAGCAACAGUUCUUGCGCAGUUCAAGCGGACCUCGAGUGGGGGGGUUGGCGCCGGGAGUGAUGACUUCGAAUCUUGUGCUAAGGGGGAUGUUCAACCCAAGUGCUGCGGAUGACGAAUAUUACUUCGAAGAUAUCCGGGAUGACGUGAGAGAGGAGUGCGGGAAGCACGGCUCGGUCGUGCAGGUUUCUCUCAGUGAGAAGGAUGAGGAGGGAAGGGUCUUUGUUAAAUUCACAGCUCCUUCAGUGGCUCUGGCGGCCCAGAACGCACUCAACGGCAGAUUCUUCGGGGGCCGCCAAAUACACGCGGAGUUCGCGACGGACGCCAUGAUCAAUGCCGUGUGCGGCAACAGCAGCACAAAUACUGGCAACAACAGCAGCGGCAGCUCCGCGUGA